GUAAAGCAGCUAAUCUCUGUUGCAGAUGAGGAUUACCCUACUUUUUCUCCUUCUCUUGACUGUGAUAAAUGGUUACAAAAUUGUGUUCUUCGUACUAGACAUUUCUACGAGCCAGGUGAUAUUCAACAAGCGGAUUGCUGAAACGCUUGCAGAUCGUGGUCACAAUGUGACAAUGGUUCUUGUAAAAGCGCUUGAUGAGACGCGGAAAAACGAAAUCCCGAUCAAGGAGAAUAUAAACUUGUAUAUCGUAAAUGGAUCCAUUGGAGUUACGCGAGAAGAGUUCGAAAAUCAGCAGAAAUCCGUUAUGUUUGAGGACUACUCUUUGUUUGACAGAAAAGUAUGGAAAUCAGCGCAGACUGGCAGACAAUUCAUAUUUGGAUCGUGCAGAAAUAUUCUCAGCAAUGCCGAGUUUCUUACUUGGCUUAAGGAGCAGCACUUUGAUCUAGCCUUCUUAUAUGCGUUUCAAGCUUGUCCAGUGGGACUCGUACAUAUCGGUCGCAUUCCAUCAUGGAUAUGGCUUAUCAGUUCUCCUUUACUCGACCACGUUGCACAAAGAAUCGGAGUCCCAAGUAUUCCAAGUUAUGUUCCUCCUAUGGGUAUGGAGAGCCAUGACACGAUGACUUUCUAUGAAAGAGUGAAAAGUUUUCUUGGACAUUUUCUGACUUACAUACUUUGGGGAAGGAUUGUCGUCAACCCUGAGACACAACUGUACCGAGAGAUUAUCGAUCCAUCUUUUCCUGACUUGGAAGAUUUGGCGAAACACUGUCCAUUGGUGAUGGUCAAUUCCAAUGACCUCUACGACUUACCUCGCCCAUCGUUAGCAAAAGUUGUGAACAUCGGUGGAAUGGACAUGCAGUAUCAAGGCAAACCAUUACCUGAGGAUAUAGCACAAAUAGCAUCAAAUGCUGAUGCAGUCGUCAUUUUUUCCUUUGGAUCUAUUACUCCAAUAACGAAGAUGCCAACAGAAUGGAAGAUCGCAUUUUUCCGAGCAUUUAGCAACUUUCCGAAAGUUCACUUCUUCGUUAAGUACGUCGGAGAUGAUAUGAAAGAUAUCGUCAGUGAGAACGUUCACUUGUACGAAUGGCUUCCACAGCGCGAUCUUCUACAUCAUCCAAAGACAAAAGCAUUUGUAACCCAUGGCGGCAUCAAUAGUGUUCAAGAGUCAAUAUACGCUGGUGUCCCCAUGAUCUGCCUGGCACUGUUCAGCGAUCAACCAAAAAACGCCAAAGUUAUCGAAAAAUUAGAAAUAUCAGUAACGCUAAAAAAAUCUCAGAUUACGGAAGCAACAGUUACAGCUGCGAUUCGAGAAGUGCUCGAAAAUGAGAAGUACAGUAGAACUGUCAAAAGACUUUCUCAGAUGGUAAAAAAGCAGCCAGUCUCCCCUAAAGAGCUGCUGAUCAAAUGGACGGAAUUCGUUGCCGAGUUCAAAACGUUAGACAACCUGAUACCAGCUGGAAUCGAGCUAAAUUGGAUACAGUAUUACUCCAUAGACGUUAUUAUAUUCCUAAUGCAUAUCUUCUGUUUUGUGGUUCUUGCUGUAUACAAAAUCUUCAAAUUCAUCCUCAUGAGAAUAUAUCGUACUUUGAAGAGUGGGAAUAAGUUGAAGAUGUCUUGAAACCAGUGAUAGCUUUUUUUAAUUUCGUAGAUUUGAGAUUUGCUACUACCUGCCGUCUAUGAAUAAUCCUACUGUAUCCUUCUUCGUUCUGUUUUUAAGUUGCCCUCCUUCAAGAGUGCUACCCUUAUUUUCGCAGACAAUACCUACUGAAGGCUCUGAUUUGUAGCCAUUUCAUGUUUAGUGC